GCAACGGCAGCUCCGCGGCGUAAAAGUGACUUCAGUCGGAGGAUAUUAGUGUCAAUUACCGAAGCUGAUUGACGGCCGCUUUCGCCGAUGAGCGCCAGAUUUCCGGGACAGGGACGCGACGCACGGACCAAUGGAACCCCGGGGAGCGCCGAGCAGCGCCCGCCCCUCCUGUAACCGUGCCCAGGGCGAGCACUCGUGUACCUGCCAGUACGGAGACGGCCAGGAGUAGUUGGCUGGGAAGAUAUGGCUGAAUGCAAAGCCAAAUCAGUAAGAGGAGCAGCUAAGAGUGAGCAGGCGAAGGAGAAAGAAACUAAAUGUCAUAUGUCUGAUUCGAACGGCACCAAUGGAGGAGCUGCUGCAAUGCAAGAACUCAGUGCCCUGGAAGAGGCCUUUAGGAGAUUUGCUGUCCAUGGAGACACGCGUGCCACGGGCAGAGAUAUGAAUGGCAAAAAUUGGUCAAAAUUAUGUAAAGACUGCAACAUUAUAGACAAGAAGAAUGUGACAACCACGGAUGUGGACAUUGUGUUUUCCAAAGUCAAGCCAAAAUCUUUUAGAACCAUCAACUUUGAUCAGUUUAAAGAUGCGCUUCAAGAACUUGCGCAGAAGAGAUUUAAAGGAAAGAAUGAGGAGGAAGCAAUCCAAGAGAUUCACAAGUUGAUUGAAGGAAACGCCCCUUUAAUAUCAGGGGUUACGAAAACUGUACUAUCUCCCACACUGACUCGACUCACUGACACAUCAAAAUUUACCGGGUCUCACAAGGAAAGGUUUGAUCAGAACGGGAGAGGCCGUGGAAGAGCAGGCAGAGAAUACCUGGUUAAUGAUACUGGCUACGUAGUGGGAUACAAACAUGCAGGAACAUAUGACCAGAAAGUAAAAGGAACAAAGAACAAUUAAUGCUUUUUUCCUUUUAACUAAAGGCAGCAUUUCCACUGCGAUUUGAUUUUUUUUAAUUCCCAAGAUGAUCAAAGAAGUAUGAACCGGAUCGUUGCUCAUUUCAACUUGUUGACUAGGAACACCUUGUUUCAGACAGUUUGUAAAAUGGAGCAAGUCAUUUCUACCUGCAGCUUAAAGAUAGGAAGCACCUCCUCUCAUCACCUAUGCUGGAUACUUCUUAAAAAUUUUCAUCCUUUUUCAAUGAACCUCACUAAACAACCAUGAAAGGCAUGGAAAUCCUAAUAAGAUGUCCAGUCGUCUAAUGGAUGCCUUCAGAUAAUAGUAUCACAAGGAAUUAGACCACCUCCUCCUAAAGAAUUCUGCUUUCGCUUUAGGUGAUGCAAAAGAUUCCAUGUUGAAGACUGGAACUUGGGCAUUUGCUCACAGAAGUUGGUGGGACACUGCAAAGUACUUUAUGUUACUAAGUGCCUGUUGAAAAGUGCUACAGAAACAACAGAAUGUAGUAGCCUUUUGUGAUUUUUUUUUAAACUUUGGAAAAAUGGGGACACUGAAAAGUAAUAUACGUGUUGGUCUUCUUGUAGCUAGUGCAGAUUUGUCCUCUUUAACUGCAGUACAAGAAUAAAUUCAGGAUGGGAAAGGAAAUGUCACCACAGUCUUUGAAAAGUUAUUGCUGAAGGGAAACUGCAGAGAUCAUGAAGGGAUUAUUGUUGAGAACUCAUCUGCAGUCAUCGCAUAUCAACUCGUGGUUCUCCAAAUUUAAUGAUUGUGUGCCUCAUUGAUGUAAAAGACAUGGAAUUCUUUCAUUAAAGUGCCACAAGAGAAACACUUAAACCCCCAGAAAACAUUCAAUAGUACUUACUUUGACAGAACUUCCUUUGUUUGCCAUGACCAAGACUGGCAUCAGUGCUAUAAGAAGUGCGGUUGAGAUGCAUAGUGCCCAGAGAAAAGAGAUGAAGAACUUUGUAGUGGGUAAUGAUUACUGUGAUGAAGUGUUGAAUGAGAAUGGGCAAUAUGAAGAUAAAGAUUAGUCUAGAAUUGAGUGAAAAUAAUGAAGGAUUACAGAUGAUUCAAUAACACCCUUAAUAUACACAUUCAGUAGAUCAUAAUACUUUUCUGUUUUGAAAUGGGAUGAAAUUUUCACUAGUUUUAUUGAUUCUCAGUCAAAUGUUUGAGACGGACAGUUGACAACUGAUGAUGAUGGAUUUUUUGCAUUUGUCAAAAUAUUUAAACCAGUGGAACUUUUGCCAAAGAUAGAUGAUCAUGUUUCCAAACAACUAAUAAUCUGCUUUGCAAUAGACUUGCAAGUUACAUACAAUAAGCAUAUUGUUCCUUUUGCCCUUGACUAACUUAGGUCUUUAGAUGUUGUCAAGAACAAGGUAUUGUUAUAUUGGACUUGGUUCUAAUUCUGUUUGUAUGAACACUGCCAUCCAUUGACCCAAGAUUCUCUCAAAGGAUCAUUGUUUAUAUAUAGGCAUGAGCCACUGACCUUAAUUGAGGAAUUGCAAAUGGGUAUCUGGUCACCUUUUAUGUUCCUGGCAUCCUAAAACAUAAUUUCAUUCCACUACAUUCAGUUCUUGAGCUGAGAUUGAGCUCAGAGCUUGAGCCGUUACAUUCUACCUUGGAUUUCUCAGUAAAUUACACCAUUUUGCAUGCUGCUGAAGAUUGAUUCAGCACUCUAUGGAAUAGUCCUGCUGUUGCUGAAGAACUGAAACCUUCAGCUGUGCCCCUGAUGAGUAUUUUAUUUCUGAUACUUCUGCCGUGUACAAAUUCACCCUAGCUGGUAAAUGAGGUGUCAAGAACAAUGUGCAUAUAUUAAUGGACAUGAAAAUCACAAGUAAGGUUAUAUGUUAAGGAAACAAGGUAGUAAUUACAUAACCAAAGAUGAGUAAAGUGAACAGCAAAUUGCUGCUUUGCUUUGUGACCUGCUCAUGAGACAAAUAGGGCAAACUGCAUUCUUUAGCAGCUGGAAGAACGGAUAUCAUCAGUACACAAGGUUCACAGGAGCCAGAUGCACAUUCCGUUCCAAUGUUAUGGGGACAACUCUCAGCUUUUCUUGACAUUUUAAUAUGCCAAAUAAUGUACUGCUUCAUUUUACAAUCACCCAAUUUAAAAAAAAAUGAAAUGCAAUGUUUUUACUUAAAUGUUAGAUAUUUUCUUCUCAUCUUAUUUCCAUCUAGGCUGUUGUUUUCUCCAUUUUUGUCCAGCAUCCUGUUUUACUUGGAAUCACAUCUUCAUAGGAGAAGACCAGUCAGUGUAUUUCAUAAGUGUUACUUUAUUUGCCUGAUGGUGCAUUGACUAGUAGAUUCUUGUUAAUAAUGGGUUGGAUUUGUCCCACUGUGACAAGGAGCAUCAAUUGAUUAAUAUUGCUGCAAUUGUCUUAUGGUACUCAGAAAACUCAGCAUGCAGUAUGAGCUGCAGAAGAAAUGAGUAGCUCCAGAUUUGUUUUUUUUUCUUUUACUAUAAAAAGCUUUACAUGUUGUACAACAGUGAUAGUUCACGUAGAAAAGAUAUACCUCAAAUGAUCCAAAUUUGCUGAUUAUAGAGACCUGUUGAACACCAUUACUGCAUCAAAAUAUCCAAACUGUGAUAAAGUACAAUUCCUUAUUGUUCUGUAAGAUGGGCUUGCCAUUAAUUGCACCCCAAAACACAGUGGGCAAGAUUAUGCUUAUUGUGUUUACCCCAAUUCCCAUUGCCAGACUAACUUCCCACGGCACAAGGAAAGACUCACUGCCGCAGCUGGUCUGCAGGCAAUUGCCGCGCCUUGGGUGGUGGGUUCUGAUGGCUUUCGGACAACCUAUUUCUUUUCAACUCUUUCCAAAUAUAAACGAUAGAGGCAUUUAUGAAAGUUCACAGAUUUAAAUAAUUAAAGAAUACAUUUAUUUAAAUACACGUUUUAACCAAUUAAGUUAACCCAUUAAAUUAAUUAAGAGCAAUUUAAAAAAAAAUCACAUCCUAUUUAUUUAGAUACAUCUGAGUUCCAUCUGUAGAGGUGGUGCUGCAUCCAGAAUCAGAAUGGGAGCUCAAAUGUGCCGGCUGCAAGGCACCACUGUGGCAGUCAGCAUGCACUAGUGUCCUUUUUGGGACAGCCAGAUGGUAAGGAACGUGAUCCAGGCCAAUAAUACUUUUCCCCAACAUCAAAAUGUAUGUAAGUACAGAAAGUCCUGUGUGGUUUAUUAUAGGGUACAAUCCCUACUUCACAGAUACAGCUGAUAAAUACCAGCUAAGGUAAGUAGGGCAUUGAGAUAACACUGAUGCUUUUCUGAACUUGGGAUAAAUUCUGCAAUUGACCUAAUUUGCACUGCAGAGACACUGAUUUAAGUUCCUGCUUCAGUACAAUUCCAUGUUCUGAAAUUACUUUUUGCUGAUAGAAAAUGUCAUUACAAGCCUUUUAUUGGAUGAAAUGGCUCAAAAUAUUGGUCCUAAUCUUCCCAAGGCCUAGCAUUUUUAAUGAACAUUAUCUCUGUUGUUCAAUAAACUAUAAGUGAACAGAUGCACUGUUUUAAGGCCACAACAGUUUGAAGCAAGCUGUGCAUAUUUUAAAUAGUUUUUUGCAUAACUUUCCAUUCUUCUUUCUGCUUUGCUUGCUCCAUCUGUAUCAUCAGAAACUGGCAGACAUUGUCACUAAGAGCAUUUGAAACUUUGUAAGCAUAAUUAUGGAAUUAAAUUUCAUUUAUAAAACUA